GUGGUCCAGACUGAGCGGCAUAGAGGUUUGUUAUCGCUGAGAGUGGCAGCGAUGGUAAAGCUGCUGGCCGGAUCCCUGGCUUGUGUAGCGCUUGCAGAAUCUGGUCUAGGUUGUGCACCUGACACCCUGGUUGACACACGUGGUGGGAAGAGUGCUACCCCUUACACGCAAGCUCAGGAGGAGCAAUUCGCCGCCAUCCUGAGAGAGAGAAGGGAGAAGAAGGAGAAGGAGUUCCUCGAACUGGCGAAGCUGAAGGAGAUAGCUGAGGAGCAGACGACGAAGAAGAAAAAGUUGGAGGAGGAGAUGUUAAGACUACAGCAGAAGGAGGAAGAGAAAAGACGGGUUGCCGAAGAAGAAGAAGCAGCAGAGGAGGAGGAAGUAGAGGAAGAACCCCUCGAAAGGAGGCAUGGGGGAGAGAGAGGAGAAACUAGUGGCACGAAGGCAGAGGACAAGUGGAUGGAAAAGAAGAUCAGUGAGUGGGUGGCUAACCUAUCGUUGGGAGAAGAUGAGGAGGCAAUGUUGUAUGUGCCUAAGGAGGAGAAAGAAGCAUUCGCCAGGGAGUUGGAAGCUAAGGAGGACCCCCUGGAACGCCAGACGAUGGAAGACGAGAAGAGAUUGGAGUGGAAGCUGCAUCUGGCAAGGGAAAAGAAGAGGAGGGAGGAGGCCAACCGGAUGGCCAAAGAAGUGGAGAAGAUUCAGGCGUGUAGGCGGGAAGUGCAAGCGCAAGAAGAAACCCCUGCCAAAUUAGACAAGAUUCUGGGCUAUCUUGAGAUUCUGAGCGAGGCCUGGCUUGAGGAGCAACGGGCCAAUAAGGGUCAGGAAGUGACCCUCCACUCCAUCCGGACCGGCUUUAGAGAGUUUGCGCGCGACGUGGUAACCCACAUCGCGACCGAACUUAAAAGGUUGAAGGAAGGUGGUGAGAAGUUUUGUGCCGGCACCAUUGAAGGCGCCAAAGUAGUGGCCGAAGUUGAAGUGCGUCCCCGCAAAGAGCCUGUCAAGCUUAAAUUCCCUGACUCAUAUAGCUGGAAAAAGGACGAUAAUUUUGAUAACUGGGAGGCCAGCAUUAACACAUAUGUCUAUUUACAACAUAUCGCGCCUGAGGAACAAGUGCAAGGAAAAUAAGCAGCAGCGAGAUGACAAUCCCAGAUCACACCAUCACAUUUCAAGUCAAAUAGUCACACCGUGUC